GGUAGGAGGAGCAUAUUUCGUUGUGAAAUGAGGAAAAAGCUCUUCUGCUGAACUUGCCUUUCAGCCUUUACUCUUCCUUUUUUGUUGAAGUCAGUUGUUUUAUUCCGUCUUUUUUAAUCCUGUGAAGGCCAUGGAAAGGUUAAAGUCGGAGCAGAGCAGGCUGCGCGCCUGGCUCUCUGAAGACCCCGAUCACAUAGUCGAUCAGUGUGGUGACAUUUUGUCAAUGAACCAAUGUAAAGAAGUGCAGAAGCAAACAAGCGCGUCGGAGAAGAUCCGAGUGCUUUUGGAAAUCAUCAUCAACAAAGGAGAAGGCACCUGCCAGAGCUUCAUCGACAUCCUGGAGCUGAACCGAGAUCAUUACAGAGACCUGCAGCAGUUCUUCAGCUCCGCUCAGGGCUCCUUUACUCCGACGGUGGUUAGCGAUAGAGGCAGUUUGGUGUCCAUCAAUGAAGUGAAAGACACAAAAGGAAAAUCCUAUUCCAAUAAGAUGGAAGUUGUGCACACUCCAGGUGCUUUGUCAGGACCGGUAGAUGGGCGAGUGCCUCAAGCCACUUUCGUUGCUACUGGUAGCAGCGGGAUCCUGGCUGACAGGCUGUGUGGCGUCACAGUUGACGGUGAAAUCAUCUUUUCAGCGUCUGUAAAACCACCUGAAGCAUGUACAGGUACAGUGAGAGAGGAACAAGCUCUUCCUCAGGGUCCCGCAGUGAGGAGGAUCACUGAGCACAGGGUGGAGCUCAUGGACUGCCUGAGAGCGGAUCCCAUCAUCCUGCAGCACGUGCAUGCCAAAGGCCUCAUCAGCUACGUGCAGUAUCAGGACCUGAAGCACAUGACUAAGCCGUCGCAGGCCGUCACCGAGCUGCUGGACGUCCUGAUCGGGAAAGGUCAGGAGACCUGCGCCCAGUUUCUGCAACUUCUCGAGGAACCAGACUGUCUGGAUACUUAUCCUCAACUCAAGAACAUUCUAGACAUGAAAUAGUUGAAUUGACUGAGAUUUUCAUGCCUUUCAAAGCAUAUUACAAAUAUCUGAUGUUACAAUUUGUAAAAACAUUUUUGAUAAUGUGAUUUAGACUUUAAAAAAAGUCCCUUUUUUUUUGUUUUUUUACAUCAUUCAUAUAUUUCUUUGUAUUUUUACACAAAGUUGCAAGAAACACUGAUCUCUUUGAGUUUUAAAUAUUGCAAAUACAUCUGAAUUAUAUUAGUCUAAUAGUAAAAAUUAGAUCUACAGCAUGGCUUGGCAAUAGUUUUAGUAUUCACUUCCAUUAAAAUGUCAC